AAUAACGAACCAAUUGAACAUGCUUUUAUAAUUUAUAACGGAAACUAUGCACUGGUCUUUAAAAUUAUAUUUACAGUAAUACUUGGAUAUAAAAAUUACCAGAACGAUUGGAUACAGGUAUCCGAAAUUUAAUGGUAAGCUCUUAACGAGCCAGACACUUUUGCCUCUGAAAAAAAUAACGGGCCUCGUUCAAAGAGAAUUCAUGGGGUUGGUGUAUGUAUUUAUAUACAUUUUUUUAAAGCCUGACUAAUUCGGUACAGCGAUCCACAGACGAAUGGGAGUCUAAUAUGUAAAUUCACUGCGGAACGGGGAGAAAUGACUGCGUGAAAUGAUGGUAUGGGGUUAUCUACCUGACGACCUUGCCUCUUAAAAAAGUCCUACCGAGUCUCGCGGGCCCCGCGGCAAACUACGCCAGUUCCGCCGAAGAGUCCGCCCGGCCAAGACUAAUCCCGAUAGACAGUCCCAGUCCCAGACUUAGGGACUAUGCACAGACGUUGAUUCGUGAUACUCAUUAUACGAUACGCCUGGCUGGACGCUUAACGAGUAAAUGUGAUCAGUGCGAGAGUGAUAAGGAAUAAAUAAAAAAUUUGUAGUAAAAAAAUGGAAAUUACGCUACGGAUUAUUUUACUGCAACUUACGUCCAUUCUCGUUCGUGCACAAUACAACGGGGAUACUUUUCCAUUAUGGCUAGAACCCGUCAUUCAACGUCCUGUCGAUAUCAUGACGGAUGUUGUUAAUGAUCUAGGGGUGAGAAUCCUCCAGCAAUAUACCAAUGACGGAAACGUCGCGUUCUCACCAACCGGUGCUGGAUUUGUUCUCGCUGCACUUUACGAGGGUUCCGCUGGCAGAGGAAAUGAAGAAAUCGCGGAAGCUCUAGGUCUGCCGCGCGAUCGAGAUAUCAUGAGAGUUGGUCUUAGAGACGUUCAUAGGAGACUCAGAAGUUACCUCAGCGCCGACGGCUUCCUGGGUGGUUUGACUUUGAACAAGGAAAACACGAAAUUGCGUCCUGAGUACGAAGACAUUUUGAGAUUCUAUGGCUUUGAUUUGUCAAGCAUUGAACCGGAAGAAAACAACGUGACUUCGGUCUCAGAGGAUAUGACGACUACGCCUAUGAGCGUCUCUAGUGAAAUUAUUAUAAACGAAACAACGACGACUGAUGGACCAAGUACUGAUGAAUCGAUGACGGAUGCUCCAACGACUUUGAUCAAUCAGGAAAAUUCGACGGAAACAUCUACGAAUGAGAAUGUAGUUACCAUCACACCGGAAGUAUCGACCUCUGCUUCUGAAGUUACAACACAGCCUGAUGCAUCUUUAAACGUAACUGAAAGUCCUACGACAAUGGCAUCAAGUAUCGAGGAUUUUUCUGUAGUGACGAAUUUGUCAUCACUGCCUGAAAGAGUUACCGUUGCAACGACAAUGCCUGUUUCUGUUACCGCAGAAACUGUAACAAUUGCUUCCAGGUUUUCUGAAACAACUUUGAACAGUUUGGCAAGCAUUAGCACAACUAUCACAAGCCAGGAUCAAAGUUCACUGACAACCGAAAUCCCGUCUAUGGAAAGUACAACAGCUGAAAUUUCGACUGAGAAUUCUACAACUGUUUCCACUACAACCGUACCAGCUACAACGACUGUCACGAUUACAACUGGACCACCUACUACCUCAACACCUGUUCCUGAUACGUCUGUGGAAACUUUACCACCUUUGACUACUCCUGGACAGAUGGAUAGUUCUGCAGCUAUUGUAUCCCAGACUACAAUUACAUCUACGAGCACAGAACAACCUACUACAAGUAUCCCAGAAACUACUUCCAUGGGAACUACCCCAGGAACUACAGCUGUUCCUAAUACAUCCCCAGCAGAUACCACCUCUGCAGAGGAUGCUUUAAUUACCUCUAGACAACAAGUAUCCACUACCAUGAUAGUAGAUACUACCAUAACAACGGAUGCAGCUUCUACGGAUAGUACCAGUAUUGAUCCAAUGGCACUAGGUACUCCUAAUUCAGAAUCCAUGUCGACGACCUUAGGAACAACGUCCACUAUUCAGGAUGCGAUAACAACAAUGAUGAUGGACCCUACAUCUGACUCUCCUCUAGCUUCCCUUACUGCAAGUACAGAUCCGACAACGAAUUCUGCACCUUUGAAUGAAGCCACUAUCACUUCUCAAGCUCAAAGUAAUCCGACGGUCACAGAGGAUCCUGUAAUGAAAAUCUUAUUAGAGUCCACUACUGCUUCAACUGACACAACAGUUGUGACAACAACUGGCGUGAACGUGAAUAAAAAUACUACAGAAAUACCUGAUAUGACUAGUACUAGUCCAGCGAGUGAUUCGACAAUGACUAUCCCUAUGGAAACAACCUUACCACCGACAGAAAGUAGUUUGUCAGGUCAAAUUCGUCGAAGAAGCACCAGGAGUCCCAGAGGAUAUUUUUCAAACUUUCCAGACGAAGGAAUCUGGAUGCAGGAUCUUGGAUUUUGGAGGGACUACAUUCCUGGUACAGGAGAGGCAACUGUUCGAGAUUCUACAGAGCUAUCUUUCCUUGUAAAUGGGUGUGACGUCACAUCCGUCUCCGCAGCGGCUUACACAGCUGUUCUACCUUUCGCCUACCUACCCUCUAUACAAGCUGUAGCUCUCGAGUUUCCUCUAGACGAUCCGAGGUAUAAUAUCCUUCUGCUUCUGCCUACUGAAAGAGGUGGUACUCAUAGACUCUCUAGAGACCUUAGCACACUCACGAUCAGACAGCUUCGAAGGGAAUUGCAACCUACUUGGGUCAGAGCGACAAUACCUAGUUUUAUGCUAAGGGGGUUUGUCACAUUGACACCAUUUCUACAAAGGCUUGGUAUCAGAGACGUCUUCGAACCAAGGUCAGCCGAUUUAUCACCCAUGACUCCUGAUCUGGGCGUCUACGCCAGGGAUAUACAGCAGAGCAUUGGCGUGAAUAUAAGAAAUUAUAUGAAACCUGAUAGAACACACUCUCGUGAGUCGCUUUACUACGAACCUCCAUUGAUUCUACCAGCUCGCCGGAACUUUUACCGAUUUCUACAUCCAGGUAAUGGCCUUUUCGAGAGGGCGGGACCAGUGUCCUUCACGGCUGAACAUCCAUUUUUAUACUUUAUCAUCGACGCCCAAACAGCUGUGUCCCUGAUAGCCGGUCGCAUAGACGACCCCUUAAAUUCAAGGAUACUUUAAGGUCUUUGAUGAAUUUUUCAAUGAAAAAUAUUCCAGAUAUUUGAUAUGAGGAUUGCUGAAGAAUUUCAUACUGGGAAUCAAAGCUCGUCUGAAAACGUACGAAUUCACAAGCCGCUGACGAAUCAAGAUGGUACAUUAGAAUGACAAUUUAAAGAACAAAAAAUGGGAUAUACCCAGAUAUGUAAUAAUGGAAUUAUAUUUAUUUGACGUUGCUUAUAAAUAAUAGCUUUGUAUCGUAUGAACAAUUUUCUUCUUUUUUUUUUUUAAUAAAACUUUAAACCUAACGUCUUUCUAUAAUAGUUCUAUCGUAGGCACCUAUCUUCAAGUAUACAUGUACGUUGUGCUCUGUACAAAUUGGCGUGAAUAGAAAGAAAAAAAGAGCAGGGGAAAGAGAAACUAAUAAGAAAGACAUAGGGAAGAAACUUAUAAGAAAGGUGGGGAAACGAAUUGGCUCAGGGACGAUGAAACUCGAUCGCAAUUUCACUUUUUAUUUGUUUUUUUUCGUACGCAAAGAAUUAUCAUAAGAAUCGUUUGCCGAUCGAGACUCCAGUGAAUAGGCAAGAGUUUAGCAUUUACAAACCUUGCUACACAAGUACGUAUACAUACGAUUUAUAUGCGUACGUGUAUAUUAUGUAUAUAUAGUUUCUCUGUCUUUCUACAGAAUAACAGGAAAGACGCAAACAGUGCGUAACGACGUCUUUCGCAAAAAGGGCUCUCGUCACUUUUGGAAACGCUGUGUAGUAUAUAUGUAUAUAUCUACCUAGCUCACUAUAUUAAACGAAUAUAUUAUCAUCUUACUCAUAUUUAUAUAAAUACAGUUCGUACAUCGCGCGAUUGUCGCAGUUUAUAUAAAUAAAUUGUAUAGAUUUUAGUUUUCCGUUUCGAGCGUCCCGACAAAUUCUUAUAACUUAAAGCAGUAUAAGGCGACGAUCUUGGAAGAGGAGGGAAUCAAAAAAAAUAAACUGGGCAUUUUUUAUAUUCAGAA